UUCAUUAUCAAUUUAAUUAUUUAGUUUGCUUGCAUAUAUAUACAUGCCCGUCAGAGCUUUUCCGCAGCACACAUGAUUACUGCAUCGCAUUACUUUGAGGCCAGAAACAGUUAUUUGUGGUAUGGCCACCUCCUGUUUUAGCAAUGUUGAUGAGUACGGAUUUGAAAGGCCACCAGAUUUCAACUAUGAAACAUAUGAAGAGUUUAUGUCUGAAUACUUAAAAGUACUUGCUAAAAGAGCAAAAAAAUGGGCAGAUAUAAUAGGAGAAGGCAGAUCUUUGCAGCACAGUAUUACUAUCAAACGCUAUGUUCGAAAGGGUAUUCCUGCAGAACAUAGAGGUUUAGUAUGGCUCUCUGUAAGUGGUGGAGAAGAAUUAAAGAAUAAAUCUCCUAACUUCUACCAACAAUUGUUAACUGGUCCACAUAAUCCACAUGUAACAGAUAUCAUUAAGACAGAUCUUCCACGUACUUUUCCAGAUAAUAUUUUUUUUAAUAACACAGACCGUCAUCAAUGUCAAUUAUACAAUAUCUUGUUAGCAUUUGCUUAUCAGAAUCAAGCAGUGGGAUAUUGCCAAGGCUUAAAUUAUAUAGCAGGUCUUUUACUGAUAGUUACUAAAAGUGAAGAAACAGCCUUCUGGUUAUUAAAAAUAUUAAUUGAUAAAAUUCUACCUGAAUAUUAUACGCCAACAAUGAAAGGUUUACUUACAGACAUUGAUGUCCUAGCUGAAUUAGUGAGAAUAAAAGUGCCAGAUGUUCAUCAACAUGUAACUAAUAUGGGAUUACCAUGGGCAGUUAUUACAACAAAGUGGUUUAUUUGUUUAUUUGUAGAAGUGUUGCCCACUGAAACAACAUUAAGAAUAUGGGACUGCCUUUUUUACGAAGGUAGUAAAAUUGUAUUCAGAGUAGCAUUAACAUUAAUUAAAAGGAACAGAGAAAAUUUAUUAGCUUGUAAAGAUUUUACGGAGUUAGCAGAAUGUUUUAAAGAAAUUACAAAAGACAGUAUUGUUCUUCACUGCCAUGAUUUCAUGCAGAGCAUAUUCAAAGUUCCUGGUUCAUUGCCUAGUAGUACAAUUUCAAAGUUAAGAUCUAAAGUUGAACAAAUUCAUAAAGAACAACAAAAUAACAAAGCAAGAAGGUAAUACUGAUCGAAAAAAAUUUGAAUUAAUU